AUGCUUGAAGCUGGUCGUGUAUUCGAGUCGUUGGGUCAGUACAAACAAGUAGGUGUUUCGGAACGAGGUGGUUCGAUUCGUGCCUCGGUGAUGGGCGCCGAUGGUGGGUAUCACUGGGAGACGAUCGAGACGGUUAAAAUGGAUGAGUUGUUAGGGAUGUUCGGUUUAUCACAUCAUGUUGAGUGGUUGUUUUUGGAUGUGGAAGGCGCCGAAUAUGAUUUGUUACCGAUUUUAUUGUCGCGUUUAAGUGAUCGAAGUGGUAGUGUUGAACAAGCGAACGAUACGAGUGCAAUGGCAUUUUGUCAGGUGAUUUCAAAUUUAUCUUCUCUUUUGUAG